AUGUCAACAUCAGGCAUCCAGUCGCGUGGAUUCGAAACCACCAUUGAUAUUGCCCAGCGAUAUCAGUUGGCACCCGUGGCAGGCCACAAGCGACCACCAGAAACCGAGACUUCUCUCAAUCCAGGUCCAGUCAAGCAAGCGACCGUCGUGAGUCAUGGUCAUCAUAUCAAGGCUGACAGUCUGGUGGACUCCCCGUGGGAAUCGGCGCGGACUGUACUAACCGCCCCUGCGAAUCGCUUGGCUGCCAGUAAGAUUCAUCUCGGCGCGGGUGAGACAUCGCCUGAUGAGGAAAAGAAGAGGGGUGCAAGUGCAAGUACAUCGGCUCCGAGCUCGAGCCAAAAUCCUCUGCUAUCCUUGUCCAAUCCAAAGUAUGGACUUCCGUCCUCCCUCACGGCCAAUUUUGCCGCUUUGGGGGUUUCUAGUAUCUACCCGUGGCAGGCCUCUUGCUUACUGGCGAAAGGUCUGCUGUCUGGGGAGCGACAUUUAGUGUAUACUGCCCCAACUGGAGGAGGCAAGUCGCUUGUGGCGGAUGUGUUGCUCUUGAAGCGGAUCAUUGAGAACCCGACGCGCAAAGCACUGCUUGUUUUGCCUUAUGUUGCUUUGGUCCAGGAGAAGCUGAAGUGGAUGAGACGCAUUGUGCAAGAUGUGGAGAAAAAUACAGUAGAUGAAGAAGAUGGAAACGCCUCAUUCCUCUGUGGGCGAUGGAAGCGUACUCAGAAAGAUAUCCGCGUCACCGGAUUCUUUGGUGGAAGUCGGACGACGGCUACUUGGGCUGAUACUGAUAUUGCCGUUUGUACGAUAGAAAAGGCCAACUCAUUGAUAAACACCGCUAUUGAGGAGUGUACUAUUGGUGAUUUGGGAGUUGUGGUUCUUGACGAGUUACACAUGCUUGAUGAUGAACAUAGAGGGUACCUAUUGGAAUUAAUGGUCACCAAGCUAUUAUUGCUCCAGCAGGAUGUCCAGAUUGUUGGCAUGAGUGCCACACUCUCUAACACUGAGAUGCUGGCGGAGUGGAUGAAUGCUAAAUUCUACAUUUCUACAUAUAGACCAAUUCCCAUUGACGAAUAUCUGGUCUACGAGAAUGCCAUUUACCCAGCUGCAACAUCAAGACAGCUUUUUCAAACAUUAUCCAAACUAACUGCUGCUGCAUCCGUGACUGAUACGAUCCCUCCGCAUCGAGUCAUCGAGACUUCCAGCUAUAAACAGCUGAGCAACUCAGCCACGAAUGCUAUGGUGGCUUUGGCAGUCGAAACUGCGGUUGCAGGGUUCGGUGUGUUGGUAUUUUGUGGCAGUCGUCAAGCAUGCCAAAAUCAAGCAGUUACUAUUGGUGAAGCAAUGCCGCCGGCAGAGCCAGAUGAAAUGAAUAAGCGACUUGAUCUUCUUGCUGAGCUACGGAGUCUCGCGUGUGGCCUAGAUUCAGUUCUUGAAACUACUAUUCCCAGGGGAACCGGGUUUCACAAUGCCGGUAUGACAACAGAAGAGCGGGAACUUAUUGCACAGGCCUAUGAUCAGGGUGUGAUAAGGGUUCUCGUUGCUACAUGUAGUCUUGCUGCUGGAGUAAAUCUUCCCGCAAGACGAGUCAUUAUCAACGGGGCGCGAAUGGGCCGUGAGCUGGUGGGCCCAGCAAUGCUUCGGCAGAUGUGUGGGCGUGCCGGACGCAAAGGCAAGGAUGAAGCCGGUGAGACUUAUCUGAUAUGUGUCAAAGCCGACAUGCAAGCUGUGUGUGAUCUGUUGGAUGCCGACAUGCCUGCCAUCGAGAGCUGUUUGGCACCUGAAAAAAGAGGACUAAAAAGAGCUCUCUUAGAAGCCAUAGCAACAGGUUUAGUAUCAGGCUGCGACGCAAUCAAAGAAUACGUUCGAUGCACGCUCCUUUGCCGAACCGUGGACAAAAAACUUGCAUACACCAUCAUGAAAUCUGCACUUCGGGAAUUGGUCGAUGAACAACUCAUCAUUUUCAGAGAAGAUGAAUCAUACGGAUCCACACCCUUAGGACAGGCAAUCGUCGCCUCGGCAUUUUCCCCCGAAGACGGUCUGUUCGUCCACGAAGAACUAAAACGAGCAUUACAAGCCUUCGUCAUGGACGGCGAUAUGCACAUCUUCUACAUGUUCACUCCCCUCCAAGCAGCAAUGAACACCCCUAUCGACUGGCAAAUUUUCCGCGACCAACUAGACAAACUAGACGAGAGCGGUCUCCGAGCCCUACAAUUCGUCGGCGUGCAACCCGGCUUCGUGAACACGAUGGUUCAAUCCGGCGCCUCCCUGAAAGAAACAAGUCCAUCCCAAAUCAAAACAGCCCGUAUCUACCGCCGCGCCUACACAGCCUUCCAACUCCGAGAUCUAAGCAACGAAAUCCCCCUCUCGACAAUAGCAUCCCGCUACAAAAUCCCCCGCGGUACAGUCCAAACCCUGGCCCAACAAUGUCACGGAUUUGCAGCAGGUAUUGUGAAAUUCUGCCAGCGCAUGAACUGGGGCAUGAUGGCGGCUGUGCUGGAUCACAUGCGGGACCGUCUGGAAGCUGGUGCGCGGGCCGAUCUGCUUGAGAUGGCUCAGGUGACGUUUGUCAAGAGCUGGACGGCGAGAUUGCUUCGAGAGAAUGGGUUCAGGAAUUUGAGGGCUUUGGCUGAGGCUGAGGCUAAGGACUUGGUUCCUAUACUUAUGAUGGUUAAUCCUCACAAGUCGCAGCGAAAUCAGCUCUCGCCUGCUGAGUCUGAGCGCUAUGCCGCGAAACUUUUGGUGAAGGCUGAGACUAUCAUUUCUCACGCUAAUAAGAUUUGGGAUCGGGAAAUGCAGGUCGAGUUAGAGGAUUGA